AUGGACUUGGUCAACCAUCUUACGGACAGGCUGCUAUUUGCAAUUCCCAAAAAGGGACGGCUUUAUGAAAAAUCUGUAGAGCUAUUAAAGAUUUCUGAUAUUAAGUUUUAUCGUUCCAACAGGCUUGAUAUUGCAUUGUGCACUUCAAUGCCAAUUGCGUUGAUUUUUCUUCCUGCAGCGGAUAUUCCUACAUUUGUAGGCGAGGGGAAAUGUGAUUUGGGUAUCACCGGACUGGAUCAAGUCCGUGAAUCCGAGGUUGAUGUGGAAGUUUGUAUGGAUCUCAACUAUGGUAUUUGUCGUUUACAAGUCCAAGUACCAGAAACUGGAGACUAUAAAGAACCCAAACAGCUUAUUGGGAAGACAAUCUUCACCAGCUUUACAACGCUUACUGAGAUUUAUUUUGCAGAACUCGAGGGUGUUUCUGUCGAUAAGAUGUCAACGAAGGUCAAGUACAUCGGAGGCUCUGUGGAAGCCGCUUGUGCGCUUGGUGUCGCUGACGCUAUUGUAGAUCUUGUGGAAAGUGGUGAAACCAUGCGCGCCGCUGGAUUAACAGCUAUUGCCACUGUCCUAGAUACCAGCGCUCACUUGAUCGCUUCCAAGAACCCUAAGAGUUCCAUUGAACUUAUCAAUACCAUCAAGUCAAGACUAGAAGGUGUGCUUACUGCUCAGAAAUACGUUUAUUGUAUGUACAAUGCCCCUAAAGCUAAACUUGAUGACAUGCUGCGCAUUGCAUCAGGUAGAAGAGCCCCCACAAUCUCAAACCUCGCAGAGGAUGGGUGGGUCGCUGUGUCAAGCAUGAUACUCAGAAGCUCCUGUGGUUUGAUCCUGGAUGAGCUGAAAAAAUAUGGCGCUCAGGAUAUUAUGGUCGUUGAACUAGCCAACUUCCGUGCUUGA